AAAGGCCAUGGACUGUUGCAAGUCCCAGGUCCUGUCAAUUAACCUCAGAAGCGCUGACUUCCUCCAAUCAGAGCCCAACUCAGCUGACUCAGAGGAGGCGUGUGAGCUGAGGGGCGGGCUGAAGGAGAUUAACUCACGCUGGGAUUGGCUGGCCUCAUCACAAGAGGACUGGAGGGCAGAGCUACAGAGGGCCCUGGUGCAGUGUCAGGUACAACAAGCAUGUAAACGUUUACAGUCAUACACACAUUGUGGACAUUCAUCCAAUAAAAUGAACCUGUGUAAUUCUGUCUGUAUGUGUACACCACACGCAUAAUGUGUUUGUUACAUCUAUGUUAGAGAAAAACAUAACAUUUGUCAUUUCACCUCCCUUUCUCUCUCUCUCCAGGAGUUCUAUGAGCUGAGCCACAGUCUGCCCCCCCCAGGCUCGACUGUGAUACACUACGUGCUCACAACAGAACACUCACGUUACUUUCCACUUCAAAACAUAGAGAAUCAUAGAACUGUGAUGUAUGAAAGGGACAUCAUGAUGUAAAGGGACAUGAUUUGAUUGAACUUCAUAUCUAAAUAGCACUCAAAAUGUAGGCAACACUCCAAAUAUGUUUAUCCUCGCAAAAUACCAAUAUCCUAAAGGGUUAUAGCCUAGCCCAAAAUAAAUUUAAUUAAAAGCUACCCCUCUCACCUCCUCCCCCCAUUCACCUCCAGCAAAUCAAGUGUGAGCUGCUGGACUCCCAGAAGAAGGCUGCUUCCCUCCAUGAGCUCUCAGCCCAGCUGCUGGUGCACACCCAGACCCAAAUCCUGCCCCAGGCUUCAGAGCAGACCCAGAACCAGACCCAUGCCAGCAAUUGUCUGGAGGCCCAGGAGAAGGUGCAUGUGAUCGGGAACAGGCUGUGGCUGCUCCUCUGGGAGGUCAGUGCUGACCUGGAGGGCCUGGAGAGGAGACUGGGCACCAUGGACACACAACAGGUCAGAGAAAAAUACACAUAAGGCCUGCAGACAUAUCACAUACAGUACAUUUAUGAUGUGGGCUUUUUAGUGCAACAAUUAUGACAAUCACUUGAGGAUCUCCAGGUUACUAGUUAGAAGCAGGUAAUGAAACAGGGAAAUGCACCCUGUGUGUCCGUCCGAGUGAGCAUCAAGAGAAAGAGAAAGAAACUAUUCUUCAGACUGACUAUUUCUCUUUGUCCACAUUACCUCUUAGCAGGACUCCCUGCCUUUGUCUCCUGUGGACAAAUCUGACACCUCUGGAUCCACCAGCCCCGUCUCCGAGGAAACUGUGACGAGUCGCCGGCGAUCGGUAAUGUCUCUCCCUGUUUACUUAUCUAGGACCUAUUAUUCACUGUAGAUUUAUGUAAUGGGGGCUGUGUUUGUAUAGAACGUCAUUGGUGUGGGGUUUACUGGUUAUAGAAAUAGCAAGUCACCCUGACCAAAUUAUAGAGUGAUCUCCCAAAUGUUAUCCUUCAUCCAAAAUGUCACCCUCUUUCUCUCUCCCAACGCAUGCUGAUCCCACAGAACAACUCUCAGUUCCAGCCUUUACACCGCAGCUACCCACCAGCCCUUUCUGUUUUAGUUCAGGCAAUUAAGUAAAUUCAUUGAAGUUAUACCCUUUGUUUGUAGAUUGCUUUAUAGCUGCCCUGCUAACACAUCCACCACUGAGAAAUAUACAUCGUUUUAGAACACCAUCAUGGGUUUUUCUUUAUUUUUACUAGUUUCUACAUUGUAGAAUAAUAGUGAAGACAUCAAAACUAUGAAAUAACACAUAUGGAAUCACGUAGUAACCAUUUUUUUUGGAACAAAUCUAAAUAUAUUUUAUAUUUCAGAUUCUUCAAAUAGCUACCCUUUGCCUUGAUGACAGCUUUACACAUUCUUGGCAUUCUCUCAACCAGCUUCAUGAGGUAGCAACCUGGAAUGGGGGGGGGGGGGGGGGGGGUUUACAGAAUAUAGCCCUAUUUGGUAAAAGACCAAUUCCAUAUUAUGGCAAGAACAGCUCAAAUAAGCAAAGAGAAACGACAGUCCAUCAUCACUUCAAGACAUGAAGGUCAGUCAAUACGGAACAUUUCAAGAAAUUUGAAAGUUUCUUCAAGUGAAGUCGCAAAAACUUUCUUCAAGUGUGUGAAUCAGGCCUUCAUGGUCGAAUUGCUGCAUAUGAACCACUACUAAAGGACAACAAUAAGAAGAAGAGACUUGCUUGGGCCAAGAAACACGAGCAAUGGACAUUAGACCGGUGGAAAUAUGUCCUUUGGUCUGGAGUCCAAAUUUGAGAUUUUUGGUUCCAACCGCCGUGUCUUUGUGAGACGCGGUGUGGGUGAACAGAUGAUCUCCGCAUGUGUAUUUCCCACCGUAAAGCAUGGAGGAGGAGGUGUUAUGAUGUGGGGGUGCUUUGCUAGUGACACUGUCUGUGAAUUAUUUAGAAUUCAAGGAACACUUAACCAGCAUGGCUACCACAGCAUUCUACAGCGAUACGCCAUCCCAUCUGGGUUGGGCUUAGUGGGACUAUCAUUUGUUUUUCAACAGAACAAUGACCCAACACACCUCCAGGCUGUGUAAGGGCUAUUUUACCAAGAAGGAGAGUGAUGGAGUGCUGCAUCAGAUGACCUGGCCUCCACAAUCCCCCGACCUCAACCAAAUUGAGAUGGUUUGGGAUGAGUCAGACCGCAGAGUGAAGAAAAAGCAGCCAACAAGUGCUCAGCAUAUUUGGGAACUCCUUCAAGACUGUUGGAAAAGCAUUCCAGGUGAAGCUGGUUGAGAGAAUGCCAAGAGUGUGCAAAGCUGUCAUCAAGGCAAAGGGUGGCUAUUUGAAGAAUCUCAAAUAUAAAAUAUAUUUUGAUUUGUUUAACACUUUUUGGGUUACUACAUGAUUCCAUAUGUGUUAUUUCAUAGAUUUGAUAUCUUCACUAUUAUUCUACAAUGUAGAAAAUAGUAAAAAUAAAGAAAUACCCUUGAAUGGGCAUGUGUUCCAAAACCUUUGACCGGUAGAGUAUGUUGCCCCUUCAAGCUGUUGUUCUUUGAGAUGGUUUUUGCUACCUACACUAUGGAGACCUGCAUAGCCAACAAUUCACAAGAAAUGCUGGCUUUUCACUAACUGCUGUUUUAUAGAGAACAAUUGCAGUGUCAGCAAGUAGUGUAAUUGCAAAUAAUUAUAAACGUUAAUGCUUCUAGUCAUUACAGGCCACCAUAACAGCACUAUAACCUCAUCAUAAUUUAUUAAUACAUUCAUGAAGCAUUACUAAUCGUUGGCAACAAUUAAACAUUUCAAACUAAUAGGAUGGUAACAUUUAAUGUAUUUUCUACCCACCUAUAGAUGGAAAUGAAUGUUUGAUGAACAUAUCAAUAAAUUGUGUAAUAUUGUAAUUCCUUAUGAAAUCCAAUGUGAAAAUACAGAUUUCUUGGUUCUGAGACUUCUAUCACUGUCACAGAUUUUGCUGCUCUUUAGUUGUUAAAGUUCUAUUGAUGUUACUGCCUUUUCUGUUAUUUGUUGGUUUGUUUUUAUCUCUCAUCUGAAGAUUGGUUUUUAUUUGUUCCGGACUGAACAAUUCUUUUUUUCUUUUACCCCACGUCCUGCUCAUUGUGUGGUUCAGCCCCUGGGCAAAAGUAAUCAUGCCCACCCAGGACCCCCUGAUAGUUGCCCGCAUCACAGGUACCUCUCUCCUGGACUCUAGAACUAUGGGAGGAUGAUGGAACCAUGACCGCAUACCUUUGACCUCUACAAAUUCUUAAACCAAUCAGUCAAUCAAUCAAAUAAAUUAUACUCUAUGCCCCUAGUUACUGGUCCAAUGCCUUUUAGUUGUCUAACUCAUAAUGACACAGUUAAGAAACUGGAUAGGAAACCGAACCUAAACCAGAUCCUUAUGGCCUCUUCUGCCUCUCUCAUCUGUUGAGAAAUGAUGCGUCCUCUUUAUCCCUCCAAACUUCCCCAACAUUGGCCCAUAUGAGUUCCAUGAUCCUCCUUCUUUCUAGAAGCGACGUAGCCAAAACCGAUUUGGGAAUCAACUAGUUCAGGGGAUUCCUUUCUUCCUUUAAAUGAAAGUGGAACAUUUUCUGUUGUUUUAUUGCUCUCUGCUACUAUGCACUGCUGUCUGAUCGAUGCUGCCAGGUGCUGCUCACCUAUCUAAGGAACCACUAAUCCCUGUAGUUUAUUUCUCAUCCACUAGAUGGAAUGAUCCUAAUGUUUCUGUUUCAUCACCCUCUGCUGACUCACUUUGCCUUCUUUUUUUUUCUUUUUUUACUUACUAUCCCUCUAUUCCUCUCCCUUUCUCUUCAUGGCAAACUAGCUAUCUCCUGUAAUACAUUUUCUCAAUCUCUUCCUCCCGCUUACUCUAAUUUCUCUCUGUCUUUUUUCCCUCAUCCUUCUCUAAUUUCCUUACUAAUAACCCACCCACCUCUGUCCCGUUCUCUCUUUUAUUUUGAGUCUUCUCUCCGUGGUUUUUGAUCCAUUUAAUGACAUUUAGGCUGGGUUGAACCCUGGCCCUAAUUAGUUUACGGAUAAGUGGUUGAGCAAAGGUAAUGAGGCUCUGCUGGGGCUGGUAGGCUCCAUUGUAUGAGCAUGCCCUGGCUCCACUAGCUCCCUCUUACUCACUAAUUGGCUCCGUAAAUUGAAAUCUAGCAAUGUAUACAAGGUUGCCAUGGAGUUCAGGGGUUCUCUGCGGCCCCAAACUGUGGACCUCCUGAGGUACGCCUGCUGAGGUAGAACACGCGGGCAAGGAUAUACACACACACACACCACAUUUAAUACAUCACAAUAUUCUCACCAUUAAUUUUAACAAUUUAAUGAGAGAUAGAGACGUGUGAAAGGCUAGGGAGUGAAGGCGUGGAGGGGCUGCAGACAGACUGCUUGCAGCUUCCUCCCCCAGACCACCAGGGAGCUUUGUGAGGAUGACGAUGGGUGGAGGAACACUGAGUUCCACCUCUCCUCUUGGCUCCCUCUCUGGGAGUCUCUGGAGGGGUUUUUGGCACAGCGAGCUCUGCUCAGAAUGAGACUUGACAUUGAACUCUCACACAGUCAGCUCUAAGAGCAGGGUUUUCUCUUUCAGUGAGAAUGGUCCCUGUGUAUAGGAGAGCUGUCAGAAUAAUGUGGGUAGCACAGGAGGUUAGUGGCACUUUAAUUGGGGAGGACGGGCUCGUGGUAAUGGCUGGAGCGGAAUUAGUGGAAUGGUAUCAAAUACAUCAAACACAUUGUUUCCAUGUACUCCUGAGUGGCGCAGUGGUCUAAGGCACUGCAUCGCAGUGCUAACUGUGCCACUAGAGAUCCUGGUUCGUCGUCCAGGGUAGGGGAGGGAAUGGCCGGCAGGGAUGUUGAUAGUUGUGGGUUCGAUUCCCACGGGGGGCCAGUAUAUAUAAAAAAAUAGGUAUUCACUAACUGUAAGUUGCUCUGGAUAAGAGCGUCUGCUAAAUGACUAAAAUGUAAAUGUAAAAUUCCAUUCGCUCAGUUCCAGCCAUUAUUAUGAGCCAUCCUCCCCUCAUCAGCCUUCACUGGUGGGUAGAAAUUGCUGCUGUGAGUGUGUGUAACCUUUUCACUGUAGUGUGUGAGUAACCUUGUGUGUGUGAUUGGUGUGUUUACUCGGGUGUGUUGUAUCUUACGAUAUUAACCCUUUUGUCUGUAUCUUACCUCUUUACUGGUGUGUGCGUGUUUAUGUCCCUGUGUUUAAAACCCUAUCCUCUGUUAUUUCUGGUUUGUCUAACCCCGUUCUCUUUCUCCCUGCAGUCUGACCAGGUCUCUGGGUAGCGGUGGCUGUGCUUCCUCCCGUUCUGACUCCCCCCUGGCCCGCUCUUCCUCGUCCUCCUCCUCGUGCCCUCCGAGGGCACAGUCCUUUAUCCUGAAGGUCCUGAGAGCAGCCCUGCCCCUCCAGCUCCUCCUCCUGCUCCUGUUUGGCUUAGCCUGCCUGGUGCCCACGACAGAGGAGGACAACAGCUGUCACCAUGCCAACAACUUUUCCCGCUCCUUCCACCCCAUGCUGCGCUACACUAAUGGACCAGAAAUACUUUUU